CCUCGGAUAAAUACAGCCGCGGCCGCUGCGAGGACACGGACACGGCUCGGAGCGACGGUCGUACAAAAUCCCACCCCCGCGCCCCAGGCACGCAGCUGGGGACCCCCUCCCCGGCGCGCCCCUUCCAGGCUCCCUAGGGACCGGGAAAGCGGCUUGGCAGAGCUCCCCGCGCCGCGAUGCCUUUUCUGGGGCAGGACUGGAGGUCGCCGGGGCAGAACUGGGUGAAGACGGCGGAUGGCUGGACCAGGUUCCUGGAGGAGCGACACAGCGGCUAUGUCAGCGAUCUAAACAGUUACUGCAAAAAGGAGGAUUACAACAAGGAGAAUCUCUUCAACAGCAUGAACUAUGAUGUUGCUGCCAAGAAGAGAAAGAAGGACCUGCUGAAUAACAAGACAAAGAUCCAGUAUUUCCAUCAAGAAAAAUGGAUUUAUGUCCACAAGGGAAGCACAAAAGAACGUCAUGGCUACUGCACCUUGGGAGAAGCUUUUAACAGACUUGACUUCUCAAAUGCUAUCCUAGACUCCAGACGGUUCAACUAUGUUGUAAGGCUGUUGGAGCUGAUAGCAAAGUCUCAGCUAACAUCGCUGAGUGGAAUCGCCCAGAAAAACUUCAUGAAUAUUUUGGAAAAAGUGGUGCAGAAAGUCCUUGAAGAUCAGCAGAACAUCAGGCUAAUAAGGGAAUUGCUGCAGACUCUCUACACGUCACUGUGCACCCUGGUGCAAAGGGUUGGCAAGUCUGUUCUGGUUGGAAACAUCAACAUGUGGGUACACAGAAUGGAGACUAUUCUUCACUGGCAACAGCAACUGAACAGCAUCCAAAUCACAAGACCUGCCUUUAAAGGAAUGACCUUUACAGACCUGCCGUUGUGUUUGCAAUUAAACAUCAUGCAGCGGCUAACUGAUGGGAGAGACCUUGUCAGCCUUGGGCAAGUGGCCCCUGAACUGCAAGUGCUCAGUGAGGACCGGCUGCUGUGGAAAAAGCUCUGCCAAUACCAUUUCACAGACCGACAGAUUCGUAAACGGAUAAUCUUAUCUGAGAAGGGGUUGCUGGAUUGGAAGAAGAUGUACUUUAAACUUAUAAGGUGUUACCCAAGGAAGGAGCAAUAUGGAGACACACUGCAGCUCUGCAGACAUUGCCACAUCCUCUCCUGGAAGGGUACUGAUCAUCCUUGCACAGCCAACAACCCAGAGAGCUGCUCCACUUCUCUUUCACCCCAAGACUUUAUCAACUUGUUCAGAUUCUGAACCCUGGUUCUUCACUGCAUAUCCUAUUCCUACAAGACACUUUAUAGCGCUCAGCUUGGACACUGAACUUGUAAAUAGUGUAAAUGUUGAUGUUUGUUUGAAGCUCCUGAGUCAAGCAAACAAGAGGAUCUUAGCGACGAAAGGUGAAAUUGCUCGCUGACGUUCGAUGUUUAAGAAAUAUGGACUUCUAACAAGACUGGCGUGUAUAGGCAACGUUGUAAAAAGUCACCUUUUUAUUAUCCGAGUACAAGAUACAGGGCAGGAAUUUCUUUCUGUUUAGAAGUUAAAGCUGAAUUUGCCCCAUGGCCCUUUAAAAACGUUCUAUAUUUUUUUCAGUUUCUAAUAAAUGAAAAGAAAGCAGUUUGAGACUA